AUGCAGACAAUUGAAAAUACGAUUUCACUCAAUUUUGUGUUGGUAUUUUGCCUUAUUAUCAGUGGAGCGGAUGCAUUUCUUGGCCAUUCACAGAAUAUAACAAUUUAUGGACAGGUUGGAUGUGAUAAAUACGCACAACGAGGUGUCACUGUUGAACUGCGAGAAUACGAUCGAUUCCCGGAUGUUGACGACGUUUUGGCAUCGACGAUAACUGGCAGAUCGGGUAAAUUCAAACUGGUAGGACGCGAAAAGGAGCUUAUGACAAUUGAGCCAUAUCUUCGCAUUAUUCAUCACUGCGUCAAUGGUGCGCAUAAAGAAGAAUGUAACGCGACGUUCGAAUAUCCAAUACCGCGAAAAUACAUUGGGCAAAUCUAUCAUAUGGGCAUUAUUAACUUGAGUAUUAUCACGCAACGACAUUCAAUUAAAUGCGUGGAAGAAGGGGGGAAGAGAUAUUACAUUUGA